AUGAAGGCACGGGUUCUCUCUAGAGCAGAGGAAGUAGAACUUAUGCGCAGCAACAAGAAAGUAAAAGAUAGCCAUCACUCCAACUUCAGUGACUGCUCAGGUGAGGACUCCCCAUCUCAGGGUAACCAAAGCCCAUGGAAUGAGCAGAAAGCUUCCUUGAAGGACAAGCUUAUGGGUGAGAUACCGGGGGCAUUUGCUCAAGCCUUUGAUUUCUCGGACUCAAUGGAAGCAGACAGCGAUUCAGAUGACGACGAGGCAGAAGCGGAAAGCCGCGAAGGCAGAGUUCUAAUUAAGCUAACCAGGGAGACAAAAAUCCGGAUUCGGGGACCUUGGACAAAAGCCAUUUUUGUCAAGCUUGUGGGCAGGACAAUGGGGUUCAACUACAUCCAAACAAAACUCACCCAGUUGUGGAAAUCGUCAGGUCGUAUGGACUGUGUGAAUCUCGGGUAUGGAUUCUUUUUAAUUCGUUUCUACGCUAAGGAGGAUUUGGACUUUGUCUUACAGAAAGGUCCCUGGUUCAUUGGAGAUCACUUCCUCUCCCUGAGACCAUGGGAACCGUUCUUUAAACCUUCCAUGGCAAGUGUUUCAACGAUAGCUGUUUGGGUGAGGCUUCAUGAGCUGCCCUUUGAGUUGUAUGCUAGAGACGUGCUUCGGCAGAUUGGUGAGGCGAUUGGGAAGGUACUAAGGAUUGAUACGCAUACAGCCAUGGAGGAUCGGGGUGAGUACGCAAGGCUGUGUGUCCAAAUUGACAUGAAUAAACCUUUGGUUAACACCGUCGCCAUUGGACGAUUUGAACAACUGGUCAUGUAUGAGGGUGUCCAGAGCCUUUGUUUUGCCUGUGGACGCGUCGGCCACCGGAAAGAGGUUUGCCUGGCUAUUAUUCGGAAUGAAAAAGAGAAGCCAGUACCGGCAGGCACGUCGCUGGAAGUGCCGGAAAAUAGCUCACGUAGUGUGCAUGAAGCAGGUCGUACUGACACCUGUAGCAACAUGACAAAAGUUAGUGGCACAGAAGAGGAGGAGGGGCUGUAUGGUCCUUGGAUGGUAGUGUCUAGGAAGAGGAAUGGACACAAGGGGACAAAAAAAGGUACAAAUCUCAUACAGACACAGAAAUUUGGCUCAAGGACAACACACGCUCACUCCUUUAAGGGGCCCAGCCACGUGACUAAGCAUUAUACAACUGGCUCAAAGAACUCGGCUGGUCUUUAUGAGGCUGGGGUUCCGUCCAUGAUGGGCCUAUUUAAGCUAAACGGGCUUCAGCCCAAUGUGGAUAUGGCAGGGACUUCUCUUGGUCAUUCUCAGACCCAAAAUGGUAAGUUAAGAAACUCUGUUAAGGGCAAGAAAGUCAUUGCCCGUAGCAAAAUAUCUUCCCCUAGCCUCAAAAGUGGCGUUGACACUCCAGUAGUUACAGCACCCUUCAAGCUUGAUAGUAUUUCCAACCAUGGAGCCGAUUCUCUUCCUAACGCACCUUUUAAGUUCGUGGCCAAUGAGGAGGCCGUGGUGGGUCAUCAACAUGCAAGGGAAGAUGAUCAAGGUGCUAUGAAUAGUAGGGGCGCUCUGAAGCCCAAUUUUCAGAACCAUGUCCGAGAUCUUACUCGAAUUCAUGAUCCGGCCAUUUUUGUGAUUAUGGAAACCAAAUUAGGUGGUGAAAGAGCUAGAGAGAUUAUUGACAGACUCCCAUUUGACGGAGCCAUACAUACUGACACCAUCAGCUUAUCGGGUGGGCUAUGGCUUUUAUGGAACUUUGAUAAAGUGGAGAUUGAAGCUCUUGCUAACACAGAACAGGAAAUUCAUGUGGAGGUUAAGGUACGCUCCUCAGACUCUGCUUGGUUAUUUUCAGCAAUUUAUGCUAGUCCUAGGAGUGAGGAGAGAUGUGUAUUAUGGAGUAAUUUGUCUAAGGUGGCUGAGCUUCACAACAAGCCCUGGAUCAUGGCAGGGGAUUUUAAUGAGCCUCUGGUUGGAGGGGAUAAAUUUGGGGGGAGGGGUUUGAGCCUUAAUCGUUCCCUGUUAUUUAAAGAGUGUCUGGAUAGAUGCAACAUGAUUGAUAUGGGUUUUUCCAGUCCAAGGUAUACUUGGACAAAUAAAAGGGAUAUUAAUGAUCUCAUUCUUGAAAGGAUUAACAGGUUCUUUAUGAACCCAAGCUGGUGCACACUAUAUCCGGAUGCUAAGGUUACUCAUUUGCCCAGAUGCCACUCUGAUCAUUGUCCAGUCCUCAUGGAAGCCUUUCCAACCCAAACGGUCAAACUAACCCGACCUUUCCGCUUUCAGAGUUUCUGGUUAACUGAUAUGUCUUUUCCGAAGGUCAUGUCUAAUGCUUGGAGCCAGAAUAGAAGACUGGGGGAUUCUAUUGAUACCAUUACCAGAGAUGUUGCCUUGUGGAAUAGAAACAGUUUUGGAAACAUUCAUGCCAAGAAAAAAAGAGUCAUUGCAAGAAUUUAUGGGGUUCAGAGAGUUUUGUCAGCAAGGCCGAGUGCUCCUCUUAUUGAGCUAGAAAACAAUCUUCAUCUAGAGCUGGGGAAAAUUCUGGAUCAGGAACGUGACUUAUGGGCUCUGAAAUCUAGGAUUAACUAG